AUACGGCUCGGACAUUUCCGGUCUGUUUCUUUACUUCGAACUAGCUAUAGUUACAGCUCCUGAGGUAAUAUUUCGCCAUGAAUACCCAUAAGAAAAUGCGUUUUCAAAAACAGCAGAAGAAAAACUCCGAACAUUGUUGUGUUCCGCUUUGUUCGGCAUCAUCGAAAUUUAAUGGUAUUUUGAGUUUCCAUGGCUUUCCAACCCAUCCCGACCUGAGAAGACAGUGGCUGGUGAACAUACGUCGGGAUAGUUUCACCAUCUCCUCUCACACAAAGGUCUGCAGCAGACACUUUGCUACCGAUCAACUCAAAGAGCCAAAGACCCUUGAUGGUCGGAGAAGGCUUGUUAAAGGUGCUGUACCGAAGCUUUUUGAAUGGAAUGGCUAUACCGUUGAAAUACCACGGCGUAAUGUGUGGCAGAGAACAGAGCGGCCCAUUGAACCAGUCCCCGGUGAGGAGCAAGAACAGCACACCGAUGGCACUAAGGAUCACGACUACUGCUCAGUCCCUGAACCGUCUGCACUUGACAUGUCUGCAUCAGCUGCAGGAGACCUGUCCAAAGAAGUAGAGGAUCUGAGAAAAGAAAUACAGGAGUUACGUGUCCAGCGAGAGUUUGGCUUACAGCGGUUUGCUGGCUCUGACGCGGACAUCCGAUUCUAUACCAGAUUUCCAAGCUAUGACCACCUGAUGGCGUUUUGGGGUUUGAUUGAGCCUUCCAUUUACAGAAUGAUUUGGGUCUCAAGAGCAAAAUCGGCUGCCAAGCGAAACGAAGAAGUGGCCACACCUGCACGUCCAUCAACGAGACAGCUGCUCCAGCCAAUCGACGAGUUCUUUCUUUUCCUCGUCUUCCUGUCGGUUGGUUUGAAGGAGAGGGACCUGGCGCAUCGAUUCCACAUACACCAGUCCACAGUGAGCUGCAUUAUUGCAACAUGGACAAGUUUUCUAGCCACUGCACUGGGGUCUCAAUGCAUCUGGCUCACACCUGCAGAAGUGCAAGCUUACCUUCCUGAGGAAUUCCGAGAUUUCCCAGACACCCAGGUCAUCUUGGACUGCACUGAGCUCAAGUGUCAGACACCAUCCUCACCACUCCUGCAAAGUGAGAUGUACUCCACCUACAAAUCUCACGGCACCAUGAAAGGCCUGAUUGGCAUAGCCCCACAUGGUGUAGUCACAUUUGUCUCCUCACUUUACGCUGGGUCAGUGAGUGACAAAGAGCUGUUCAUACAGUCUGGAUUAGCCAAUUUGCUCACGGAAGAAAUGGCAGUCAUGGUUGACAAGGCCUUCCUCAUUAAUGGUUGUGAUAACUGCAAAAUAUACUGCCCACCAUUUCUGUCCAAGCAAAAUCAGAUGCCUGCAUACCAGGUUACUGAAACCCAAUCAAUAGCACGACUCCGAGUACAUGUGGAACGAGUCAUUAGGAGAAUUAAACAAAACAAAUGGUUUGAUGAAAUCAUCCCCCUUUCCCAUGCAGGAAACAUUAGCCAAAUGUUUACAGUGGCAUGCCUGUUGUCAAACUACCAAAACCAGGCAUUAGUUAAGGCAUGGGUUAAGUAAAGCAUUGGUUCCAACACCAGGUUUUUAUAAUUUCAUUUAGUGAAUUUUGUUUAUUCCAGUGGCAAAUAAUUGUGUGAAACAUUCUGUAAAUCUUAUGUACACAAACAUCAAUGUAGGCAAACCGUUGGAUGUAAAGUUCUGUUAAUCAGUUGUUCCCUCUUAACAUUUCAUUGACAUAUGUUGUAUGUAUUAUAUAUUCAUUUGUAAAAAUGAACAUUGUAACAUAUUGUGCAAUGUGCAUAUAACAUAUUGGCGGAAAAAACAUAUGAAUGAAAAAUGAACUGUAACGCUGUGGGUACACUGGACACGCAACUGAAGCGCAGCGCACGUUGAGCGCACGUUGCAACGAUAGAUUCCAUUGUAAUCAAUGGAAGUGGCUACACCAGACGUGAGAGCAGCGCGCAAGUGCUCCGCAAGCGCCGCGCAGAUUUGCUAAAAUAGACCAGUCUUCUAUUUAUAUUUUUGU